AUCGAGCACCAUCCUUCCCCUCCCAUCUCUCUCCAUAAACACCAAAUUCAAUCUCUCACUCAAAAUAUUAUCUUCCUGCAAGAAUUUCUCCAAGGUUACAAGUCCCCUGUUUCUGACACCGAUGAAGCAGAUCCAUUAGAGAUGCGUAUUGCAGAUGCAGCUUAUGCCGCUGAGGAUGUUAUUGAAUCUCAUAUUGUCAACAAGCUUCAGCACAGUACACCCAAAGCAACCAAGCAUCAUGAAGAUGAUGACGACGAUGAUGAUGGUGGUGGUGGUUGUGGUGCUGCUGAUGAUGAUGACGACGACGACGACGACGACGAUGAUGAUGAUAACGACGACGAUGAUGAUGAUGAUGACGACGACAAUGAUGAUGAACUGGUCAAGUUGUAUCAAGGUUUACAAAAUGUGAUAGGAGAAAUGGAUCGGAUCAAGACAACGGUGAUGGACAUCAACACAGUGCUCAGUGAUCAAUCGCGUGGAUUCGUCUCUUCUUCCAUUGGGAAGAAGAGUAGUGACACGAUGGUGUUUUCUGAUGAUGUCUUGAAUGGAAUCAUGGAAAAGCUCGUUGCAGACGAACGCAGUCGCCAAGUUAUCCCGAUCACAGGAAUGGGCGGGAUAGGUAAGACCGCUCUUGCUCAAACUGUUUAUUCCAAACAAGUUAUUAAGGAGCGUUUUGACAUUUGUGCUUGGGCUACUAUUUCUGAACACUAUAACACAAGAGAAAUUCUAUGCGAACUUGUUUCUCAAGCCACUAACAAUAAAAAGGAACAUCUAGGUCAAAGGAGUGAAAAUGAAUUAGGAUCAGAGCUCUACCAAUAUUUGUCGGGUAAAAGGUUUCUAAUUGUGAUGGAUGAUGUAUGGAAUGUUGAUUCUUGGAACGAAAUACAACAUUUCUUUCCUAACAAUAGGAAUUCCAGCCGGAUAAUAGUGACAACUAGGCAAUCACAAUUGGCUUCUCGGUUGUUGAACAACCAUUAUAGCCAUUCAAUGGAGUUUCUUGAUGAGGCUAGUAGUUGGAUCCUAUUAUCCAAAACUGUGUUUCAAGAGGAACCCUUUCCUCUUGGUUUGGAGAAAGUUGGAAAGGAAAUUGCAUACAAUUGUAGAGGACUUCCUCUAUCAAUUGUUGUAGUGGGAGGUAUUUUGAAAAAUAUGGAACACACACAAGAAUGUUGGGAAUCGAUAAGAGAAAACUUAACUUUAGUCAUAAAUUUGGAUAAUGAUAAACAUUGCUUGAGAUUAUUAAAAUUGAGCUAUGAUCAUUUGCCUGUCUACUUAAAGCCUUGUUUCCUAUACAUGGGAGUGUUUGAGGAAGAUGAAAAUAUUCGCACCUCAAACCUCAUCAAGUUAUGGGUCGCCGAAGGAUUUCUUAAACCAAUAGAUGGAAAAAGUUUGAGAACAAUUGGGAAAGGGUUCUUAAAGGACUUAGUUGAGAGAAAUCUCAUUCUGGUUGCCGAGUUGGGGUGUAUUGGAAAUAUAAAACAAGUCAAAGUUCAUGAUUUGUUAAGAGAUCUAUGCGUGAACCAGAGCAAAAAGGAAGGGUUUUAUCACGUGGUAGGAGAAUCUAGUCCUCGAGGAAUAAAAAGCAAUCGCCGCGUUGUCAUACGCAGGAACACUUCAAAGAAGAAAGUCGUCAAAGACAUGAAAUAUAUGUCACAUGCUCGUUCCAUCAUUUGCGAACAUGGCAAAGUUCCACGGUGCCGGAAUUUUGGAUUGUUGAGGACAAUACAAGCUGACGGUCACAUAUCUCGUGUGUUUCAGUAUGUUAACUUGCGACACCUUGCAGACAAGUAUGAACACAAGCCUUCUUCUUUCAAUCACCUUUGGAAUUUGCAAACUCUGAUCAUUCCUUACAUAGAUCCUUCGAGUGAUGCCGUCAUCAUGGAGAAUCUCGUUGUACUUAAGGGAGCACUCAAUUUCAAAUGGGAUGAAAAGGUGGUUAAGAGAUUUUCCAAUAUCAAUAGAUUGGAGAUAAUAUAUGAAGGGAGCAAGGGAUUAAUAGGGUGUGAUGAUUAUUAUUAUCUGAGCAAUAUUAAAUGUUUGUGUAAAUUAGAAUCCCUCUAUAUCUCGUGUGAGUAUGAUUUUAGAGGGAAUGCCUCUUUGUAUACGCUCACCUUUCCCCAAACCCUCAAGAAUUUGUCUCUUAAUAUGAACAACGACUUUGAAUGGGAAACGAUAUUGGAAAUGAUAGAUUCGUUGCCCGUUCUUGAGAAGCUCAAGUUGUUCCGUGGAUGUUUUGGAACUGGUAAGUGGAAAAUCUUUGAAGGAAAUUUCCCUUGCCUCAAAUACUUGGAAUUGUGGGAGUGUGAUGGCCUGAAAAAUUGGACUGUAGAAACAAGCUCCAUCUUUCCAUGCCUUGAGAAGCUUCAUUUAUGUGGAUUAGAAGAAUUGGAUUCUAUUCCGUCUGAAAUUGGAUACAUACCGACUCUCCAAAAUAUAUGGACAAGGUAUUGUGGUGAAUCAGUGGUGAAAUAGUAGAGGAACAGAUGGAUUUACAAGGUGAUGAUCUUCCUUUUCAUGUUAAGGUUCGAUUUUUUAGUCUGUUUGAUAAGAACAAAGUGAUGAAUGAAGCAAAGCAGAGCUUGGCAGGUCCUAGCUUUGAAGUUGAAGGAUAGAUGGAGGAGCUUAUGUUUUCUAAAUAUUUGGUUGAAUAUUUUCUCAUCUUCAAAGGAGAAUUGUAAUAUUCUAAAAAUUAUGUAUAAACUUAUCCAAGAUUGCAUUGCAAUAGUUUAACUUAU